AUGACUUCCAUCGCCGACCCAGAUACCAAGGUGGCCCCGGAGAAGCCCCUCAGCGAUGAGGAACAAUUGGCCGCCCUGGGCCAUGUCCAAGAACUCCGCCGAGAGUUCUCCUUGUGGUCCAUCGUGUGUCUUCAAAUCUCCUUGAUGGCCACCUGGGAGGCACUGUCUUCCGUCGUUGCAACGGCCUUGACCAAUGGUGGAGCUCCCUGUUUGUUCUACAACUAUAUCAUUGCUCUGGUCGGGACCGUAUUUGUUGUCCUCUCGCUAGGUGAGAUUGCUUCAAUCUACCCGACUGCUGGAGGACAAUAUCACUGGGUCCACUGCCUGACACCAGCCUCGUACCGCGCCACAGCUUCAUGGUUCACUGGCUGGAUCUCCAUUGGAGGCCAACUGGUGCUCGCCGCAUCUGCAGCCUUUGCCGCUGGCCUGCAGUUGCAAGCUCUCAUCACAUUGAACAAUCCCGAUUCAUACAUCCCGACUCGAUGGCAGGGUAUGUUGUUCUACUGGCUGAUCAUCGCGUACUCGACUGCGAUCAAUAUUUGGGGCUCUAAGAUCUUACCCCAUUCAAACACUGCCGCUGGUAUCCUCCAUGUUGUCGGGUUCAUUGCUAUUGUGGCAGUACUCGGUGCCAUGUCGUCGAAACAUUCUGCCUCCUACGUCUUCACAGAAUUCUCAAACACCAGUGGAUGGACCAACGACGGGGUUUCAUGGCUGGUGGGAUUGCUGAGUACAGUCUAUCCUUUUCUCGGAUAUGACGCUGCCUGCCAUCUGAGUGAAGAACUCCCCAAGCCUUCUCGAAAUGUGCCCUUGGCCAUGGUGGGCAGUGUGGCCAUCAACGGUCUCAUCGGACUUGUUUAUGCCAUCGUGCUCCUGUUCGCACUGGGCGAUCUUGAGAGCUUGCUGACAUCCCCAAUUGGAUUCCCCUUCAUGCAGCUCUUCCUCAACGUCACGGGCUCGCCGGCUGGUGCAUCCAUCUUGACCUUGUGUAUCACCCUGAUUGCUGUGGCCGCAAAUGCUGCUGGAGUGACCUCGACAAGUCGUACAGCAUGGGCCUUUGCUCGCGAUGACGGGCUACCGGCUUCUGGAUUCCUCUCCGCGGUCAAUCCGACCGUGAAGGUUCCUGUGCGCAUGGUCUUGGUGGUUUCCUUUCUGCAAAUGCUGCUGGGGCUGAUUUAUCUGGGAAGUUCCACGGCCUUCAAUGCCGUUCUUUCCAUGGCCAUUCUCGGCAUGUAUGCGUCGUAUUUCUCACCCAUCUUGUUCAUGCUAGUCUAUGGCCGACGGACCUCCGGUCAGGUGGUUCGCGGUCUGGGACCUGGAAUGUUUAACCUCGGCCCCAGGUGGGGUCCGGUGGUAAAUGGAAUUGCAUUGUUAUGGUUGUUGUUGGCGAUGGUCUUCAGUACCUUCCCGACUGUUGAACCCGUCUCCCCCGACAAUAUGAAUUACUGUAUCGUGGUGACGAUGGGUUGGAUGUUUAUCGGUGGGGUCUACUAUUACCUGAUCGGAGGGAAGAAACGAUUCAGAGGCCCCGCAGUGGAAUUGCUGGCCGAGGGACUCUGA